CAGCCUGGGAUAAAUAUGAAAAUCCUGUCCUAAUUAUUGUUAUUGACUUAUAGAUUAUAAAUACAAUUUUGAAUUCUUCACUUGUUACUUAUUACUAUAUUAAACGCAAAUGGGUUGUGGCAACUCAAAACCUGGAGACGUUGCUCCUAGAACAACAACAACAGGAGGAGGAGGAGGAGGUGGAAAAGGCAAGAAAGGAAAGAGUGCGCCGGUAUCCACCCCACCAAACUAUCCAGAUCUCUCAAAGCAUAACAAUCACAUGGCAAAAUGUUUGACUCCUGAGAUCUAUGCCAACCUCUGUAACAAAACUACUCCUGGUGGAUUUACUCUUGAUGAGUGCAUUCAAACAGGUGUUGAUAAUCCUGGACAUCCAUUUAUUAUGACUGUUGGUGCUGUAGCUGGAGAUGAAGAAUGCUAUGAUGUGUUUUCUGAAUUAUUCGAUAAAAUCAUCAGUGCAAGACAUGGGGGAUAUGACAUCCACCAAAAACAUCCUACUGAUUUGGACCCCAACAAACUCGUAGGUGGAGAACUGGAUCCUGAUUAUGUCUUGUCAUCACGAGUACGAACUGGACGUAGCAUUGCAGGACUUGCUCUUCCACCCAAGUGCACCAGAGCUGAGAGAAGAGAGGUUGAAAAGAUUCUAUGUGAUGCAUUGUCUUCGCUGGAUGGAGCAUUGGCAGGAAAAUAUUAUCCUCUCACUGGUAUGACUGACGAAACACAAGAUCAAUUGAUUGCCGAUCAUUUUCUGUUUGACAAACCAGUGUCUCCUCUUCUCACUGCCUCAAAGAUGGCAAGAGAUUGGCCUGAUGCAAGAGGAAUUUGGCAUAACGAAGAGAAAAACUUUUUGAUCUGGGUGAAUGAAGAAGACCACAGUAGAGUUAUAUCAAUGGAAAAAGGUGGAAACAUGAGAAGAGUUUUCGCCAGAUUUUGUGAAGGUUUGAACAAGGUAGAAAAGGCUAUCAAGGGUAAAGGAUUCAACUUCAUGUGGAAUGAUCAUCUUGGCUAUAUUUUGACUUGCCCAUCCAACCUUGGCACUGGUUUGAGAGGAGGAGUGCAUUUAAAGAUUCCUCAUAUCAGCAAACAUGAGAAAUUUGACUCAAUUUUAUCAACUUUACGUUUACAAAAACGUGGAACCGGGGGCGUUGAUACAGCAUCUGAAGGAGGAAUCUUUGAUAUUUCUAAUUCUGACAGGCUUGGCACAUCAGAAGUUGAGCAAGUACAAUGUGUUGUUGAUGGAGUCAAUCUACUCAUCCAAAUGGAAAAAAGAUUGGAAGCUGGUCAAGAUAUUGAUGAUCUUUUGCCCAAAAAAGAGAGAAAAAUUGAUGAGAACAUGCCUAAUCUUUCAAAACAUAAUAACUGGAUGUCGAAAUGUAUCACCCCAGAGAUUUACAUCAAACUGAAAGAUAAGCAAACUCCAAGUGGAUAUACACUCGAUCAAUGUAUACAAACAGGUGUUGAUAAUCCUGGCCAUCCAUUCAUCAUGACUGUAGGAUUAGUAGCAGGUGAUGAAGAAACCUAUUCUACAUUCGCUGAGUUGUUUGAUCCAGUCAUCAGUGCAAGACAUGGAGGAUACCAGUCCAACGCAAAACAUCCAACAGAUCUGAAUCCAGAACACCUGAAAGGAGGAGACAAUCUUGAUCCAAAAUAUGUUUUGUCAUCAAGAGUUAGAACAGGUCGCAGCAUCAGAGGUUUCUGCCUUCCGCCAUGGUCUACUAGAGGUGAGAGAAGAGCUGUUGAAAAAAUUGCAACAGAGGCACUUGGAAACUUGGAUGGCCCUCUCCAGGGUCAAUAUUAUCCUCUCACUGGAAUGACUGAUGAAACUCAAGAAAAAUUGAUUGCAGAUCAUCUCUUGUUCGACAAACCUGUCUCACCUCUACUUUUGGCUUCAAAUAUGGCAAGAGAUUGGCCAGAUUCGAGAGGAAUAUGGCACAAUGAUGCCAAGAACUUCUUGGUGUGGAUUAAUGAAGAAGACCACAUGAGAAUUAUAUCUAUGCAACCAGGUGGAAAUAUGAGAGAAGUUUUUACAAGGUUCUGUGAUGGACUGAAGAAGGUUGAAGACUCAAUCAAGAGCAAAUCUCAUGCUUUCAUGUGGAACGAACAUCAUGGAUUUAUUCUGACAUGUCCAUCUAAUCUAGGAACUGGACUGAGAGGAGGAGUUCACUUGAAAAUACCGCAUGUGAGCACUCACAAGAGCUUCGAACUGAUAUUAAAUAGAUUGAAAUUACAAAAGAGGGGAACUGGUGGUGUGGACACUGCUUCUGAAGGAGGAGUUUUUGAUAUUUCAAACUCUGACAGACUCGGAUCAUCGGAAGUAGAUCAAGUUCAAUGUGUGGUGGAUGGAGUCGAGCUUUUGAUCAAAAUGGAAAAGAAGUUGGAGGCUGGUGAAGAUAUAACUGACCUUAUCCCUCAACCUCCUCUUCCUGUUGCAAAAACUCAGCUGAAACUUACAAGUGAUGCUUUCCCUGAUUUGUCAAAGCAUAACAACUGGAUGGCUAAAUGCUUGACCAAAGAAAUUUAUGAAAAACUCAAGGACAAGAAAACACCUAAAGGUUGCACUCUGGAUAGUUGCAUUCAGACUGGAGUCGACAAUCCUGGACAUCCAUUCAUUUACACUGUUGGACUGACUGCCGGUGAUGAGGAAUCCUAUGAAGUUUUUAAAGAUCUCUUUGAGCCUAUCAUCUGCAAUCGUCACAAUGGUUACCCAUCUGAUGGCAUUCACACCACUGAUUUGGAUGCAAGUAAGUUGCAAGGUGGCAUGUUUGAUGAAAACUUUGUUCUCUCAUCUCGAGUAAGAACUGGCAGAAGUAUCAGAGGACUUGCUCUUCCUCCAUGGUGCACAAGACAAGAACGACGGGAAGUUGAAAAAUGUGUAUCGACUGCAUUGGCAAGAUUGGAUGGUGAAUUCAAAGGAAAAUAUUAUCCAUUAGUUGGAAUGACUGAAGCUCAACAACAACAGUUGAUUGAUGAUCAUUAUUUGUUUGAUAAACCGGUUUCUCCACUCCUCACUGCUUCUGGUAUGGCUCGUGAUUGGCCAGAUGCCCGUGGAAUUUGGCACAAUAACAAAAAGAAUUUCCUUGUAUGGAUCAAUGAAGAAGAUCACACCAGAUUAAUUUCAAUGGAAAAAGGUGGAAAUAUGAAAUCUGUUUUUGAGCGGUUCUGCACUGGAAUUAAGAGAAUUGAAAAUGAACUGAAGAAACAGAAUCGAGAGUAUAUGUGGAAUGAACAUCUUGGAUACGUACUGACUUGUCCAUCUAAUCUCGGGACUGGACUGAGGGGUGGCGUCCAUGUCAAACUUCCACUUCUGUGCAAAGAUGAAAGAUUUGACAGUAUCUUGGAAUGCCUCAGACUGCAAAAACGUGGAACUGGAGGAGUUGAUACUGCUUCCUCUGAUGGUACAUUCGACAUCUCCAAUUUGGACAGGCUCGGAUCUUCUGAAUUACAACAAGUUCAAUGUGUUGUGGAUGGAGUCGAUUUGUUGGUUCAGAUGGAGAAAAAGUUGAUGAAUAAUGAACCAAUUGAUGAACUGGUUCCAGUAAAAAAAGCUUAAAUCAAGAAACGAUAAUAAAUGUUGAAUUGAUAUCUUUUUUAUAAAUAGUUUUUAUGAAAUGAUGAAGCUAGUUAAUAUAGAUUGUUGCUUGUCAUCUUCUCAUUCAGAAAUUGAAAAUUUGAAAAAAUGUUUCAGUGUGAAUAAUGUGCUACAUAUAUUCUUAAGCAUACAUUAUUAUCUGGACUGGAAGUUUUAGUUUGAACUUUGUUUGGAAAUAUAUUUUCAACAGUACUUUUCUUAAUAUGUUUCGGACACUCUAAAAAAUGACAUGGUGUAGAUAAGUGUACCACGCAUUGAAAUUUGAAACAUCAAAUACGAAUAGUAAUUUUUUGUGAUAAACCAUUUUAUGUGUGGUCAUCGAGCAUUCUGUCUGGUCGAAUAUGUGUGUCAUUGUAGCCCAUUUUUUAUCAAUAAUUUUCAAUUUCUGAAUGAUUUAGCUUUGAAAUCGUGUAGAUGCUUUUUUCAUUUUUUAUUCAGAUUUUCUUUUGCACUUCUUCACGGCCAAACCUUUAGUCUUUAUACCAUGAAUGUGAUGUAGACUUUUUGAUAUAAUGUUCCCUUAGAUUUUUUAUACUGACUGGCCAAAGGAUUUAUGAUGUUGCCAGAGCUUAUUUUGAAAUUUU